UGAAGCUCUAGCUUGUGGUUUGUUUGCGUCGUGAUCGUAUGAAUACGUCAUUCCUUAGACAAAUUGCAAAAAGUUAUUUACUUAAUUUCGAAAUGCCAUCUUCGACCUUUUCCUCCCCUCAUCCUCACAUCUUUCCCCUCUUCACUACAAUCUGAUUCUCCAUUCUCCAUCUCAUAACAACCAUUCGGACACAAUGCUUCCCGCUCGCCCUCUCAUUAGAUCAACUGUGCCUCGUGCCGCACGUGCUUCUCGCGCUUCUCGCCAAGUUCGAUUCCAAUCUACAGCCUCGUCUUCAUCGAGCAGCGCUCAUCUCGCCUCCGGUAUCGCUGGUGGUUUUGUCGGCUCAGCUAUCUUCUAUGGCAUCUACUCUUACACACCCGCUGGCCGUGCUGCUUCAGGUAUCAACAAGGCUGCCAAGGAGGCCCAGCAAAAAUAUGAGGCUGCCGCAAAGAAGCUCCAGAAGAACACUCCCGACGCCGACCAGGCUGUGAACUACAUCAAGGAGUUUGCUUACUCCUACGUUGGGUGGAUCCCCGGUGGUCGCGCCUACGUUGAUGCUGCCUUCAAGGACUGGGAGAAGGUUCGAGAGAACAACAAGGAUGAGGCCGACAAGCUCGUCAACGAUGCUUACAAGCAGUUCCAAGAUCUUUCCAAGUCUGGCCUGAGCCUCGAGACCGCUUCAAAGGCCUACGAUGUCCUCGCCGAUCUCGCUAAGAAGGUCGCCAACCUCGCUGGUGAUGCAAUCAGCGACAUCAUCGACAACCAUCCCCAAGUCAAGGAGAAGCUUGGUGGCAACGUCGAUCAGCUCAAGGAGCUCGGUGACAAGUAUGGCCCCGAGGCUAAGAAGCAGGUCGACGAGACUUGGAAGCAGGUCAAGGACAUCUUUGCUGGAGGUUUCAGUGCCGCCAGCAUAAGCAAGGCCCGCAAGCUCAUCGAGGAGAAGGUGGAGCAGAUCAAGAAGCUCGGCGACGAGGCCUGGAAGAAGGGUCUUGAGGAGGCUAAGCCCUACCUUGACAAGAACCCCAAGGUCAAGGAGCUUAUCGAGAAGAACGCCGACGCUCUCAAGGAGGGUAACACCGCCGAGCUGUUCAAGCGCGCCAAGUCUGCUGUCGACUCUGGCGACCUAGGCGACCUAGAGAAGUACGUCAAGGAUGCGACUGAGAAGGUCAAGUCCAAGGGUAACGAGCUCACUGGUGGCUGGGUUGAUAUUGAGAAGUACAUCAAGGAGAUCCCCAACGGUGGCGAGGUCAUGGAGAAGUUGCAGCAGUUGAGCGAGGUUGCGGACAAGCACAAGGAAGAGGGUGAGAAGCUGUUCAAAGAGACCGUCGAGGAGCUGCGACAGGUGCUGGAGAAGAAGUCUGAGAAGGCUCAAGAGAUUGCUGGUGAGGCCAAGAAGGACGCUAAGAAGGAGACCAAGUAAACACAGAAUUGUUCUCCAGUCCAUGAUUCCCUAAUGAUAUUCUCUAAUAAUUGAUCAAAAGUUCAGACA